AUUUACCGCUCGUUUAUUUGAAAAGUGUACUCGGUGCAGGCUCAUUCACGUUCGUUUAUUAAAAUGUCGAGCCCUCUGAUACAGAUCCAACUGCUCUGUGCGCUCGCUGGUCACGUGAUUACAGCUCGGCUCAGCACGCUCUGCUCUUUGAGCAAAAUACCGAACGCAGCGGUAGGCGCCUUGCCCUAUUGUCAAAUUGUCGUCUGUGACUGUCAAACAAGUUCAUUCGAGUUUUGAAAAUAUAAUUCAUUCAUUAAUCAUCAUUACUUUUAUUUUCAUUCGAAGAAAAACAUAAUUAAAAAUGUAGAAAAGUAGUUUGUUUUUUGUGAUUAUUGUUAUUAUUGUGCUGUAAACAAUGGCCUACGUUAACGUCAAAGAUUGGUCUGUGGAGCAAGUCGUAUAUUGGCUGAAGGGCCUAGACAAUGUAAUACUCCAAUACCAAGGAUAUUUCCUGAACAAUGAAGUAAAAGGCUAUCAACUAUUAAAUUUUAGAGCAGACGAUCUAGACAAUCUUCGUGUUAAAAAAAUAGGACAUCAAGAAAUAAUUUUAGAAGCUGUGGAACAUUUAAGAAACUUUCAUUAUGAAUUAGACAAGGAAAACCUACAAAUGCUGGCAUUAAAACUGUCCUGUGCUGCUAAUUCUCUAUACAAAGAACUAUUACUUGUUGAUGAAAAAAAUGACUUUCUUAAGACCCAAGUGAUGUCUGAUGUUCAUAACAUAAUUGCCGCUAUUAAACCUUUAGUUUUGUGGCUUGACAGAUCACCAUUCACUGGAGACAAAGACUACAUCGACAACAAACGAGAAUUGUUAAAUUUGAGCUUUGACAUGGCCUAUAUUGCUCAUAGGGGAAUUUUUUCUGAAAAUCCUGUAUUGACUAUCAAAAAAAUCUGUGAUAAAUUGGCUAAAAUAGCUGAUUUUAUUAUUCAGGAAAUAUGUGAUCCAAUGAUACUCCAGCCUGCCUCUCUAGACUUGGCAACUCUAAAGAAAAAAGAACAAGACUUGGGCUUUUACAUUAUGCCCAAUUACUUACCUAUUCAUCAAAUUGUUGAUAUUAAAUUUGGCUCACCCGCUCAUGGAAGCUCCAAAAUUGAAGAAGGUGAUGAAAUUGUUCAAAUAAACUACCAAACAGUGGUUGGUUGGCAAGCAAAAAAAGUCAUGAUGCUACUGCAAGAAGCCUCACCUGAAAUAGUGUUGACACUAAAGAAACGACCAAAACACUCGAAAGUUUAUGGGCAAAUUUACAUGAAGCCCUAUAGAUUGCCCAGUAGGAAGCGCAGCAAUGAAAAUUGGUCAAAAUGGAAUGACAAUUUGCCAUCGCCUCGGUUGUUGCCUAUUAUUGAUUUGCCACCAAUCAAUGCCUCCAAGUCUGAAGAGGAGAUCAGUAACGUGGAAGCUGAAUUGAGUAGUAGUGACAGUGAACCGCCAGAUAGUCCUUUGGAAGGUAGUUUUAGGAUGUACCCAGUAAAACCACGGCCUAUUCUGCAAAGAAGGAAUACCAUUACUGGUACUACGCCAACUAAUAAGAGGCCUACUACAUCUAUUGAAGAAUACUGGGACCUACUCCAAUCCCGUAAUAGCGCCACUGCGCACAGUACAUACCACAUAGAUAGGAACAAAUUUGAGGAUGACUCUCAGUUUAUUAGAGACAAAAGUUUGUCGUGCAACGUUGGCCUAGACUCAAGCCCCAGACCGACCACCGUGAUUGGCUUGGAGAAAAGUCAAAGCCGAAAGAAGAGUUUUAAAGACAGUUUCAAUAAAUCCAAGAAUAGAGAAGAGAAAAUUAUUAACAGUAAAACUGCUAGGAAGAAAGUGAAUUUUGAAGAGGAAGGUACAAUGAAAACUAAAUUGGCUGAUAGUAGUUUAGUACAAGAGAGUAAGAAGGUGGAUUUAUUGGAAACUAAGACUAACUUAAGUGAAGAGAAAAGUGUCAGUAUUAAUAGUUUAUCAAGUGUAACUAAUCAAAAUAUAAGUUUUAUCGAUGAAGGCAAAGAUUUAACAGACAGGAGCAACAUGGUAUCAGAUUUAGUAAAGGAAACUUCAAUUACAGAUACUUUUAUCCAAACUUCCUUAUCUCCUAUCAAAGACCCGAUACUAACUGAAAUCAAUGUGCAUAAUAUGAUUAAAAAAUUCGAUGAACCAAACCAAUUUAAACCAAGAGUUUUACCUAGAAGUACCUUGGGUAAAAAACCACCAGAAGUGCCUCAGAAACCUGAUAAACCAGCAGUACCACCUAGAAGUGUCACUACUAAACUCAGAGGUCGAUUAGAUAAGAGCCAUAGUACACCCGCUUAUGAUUUAACAGAAGAAUCUUCAGAAUUAGAUCUGCAAAAGCCUAUAAUUGCUAAACUGCCUGACGUCAUUCCAAAAAUUCCAGAAACUAUUACUGAAACAUCACCAAUGGCUAAAGAAUCUGAAAGCUUUUUAUUCAAAGAUAAUGAAGCUGUGCCACCAAGUGAGGAAACCCCAACCUCAACAAAAAUAAAAAUCGAGAUACAAACCAUAGAAGAGCCUGUGACAGUUGUCGAGGACUUGCCACCAAAACCACCUCCAAGAAAAUCCUUCGAUAGUUCCAAACCUGCCUACCCUGCUGACAGUCCCAAACCAAAAUCUUACCAGGCAAAAAAAACGUUUGAUUUUGGCAGUAGCCAAAGUAUCGAUUCGAAUGAGUACUUGAUACCCAUCCAAAUCAAACAGCAACAACAAAUAAUUGAGCAAAAAAGUAUGACAAAGUAUGUAUUGUUUGAGCCACCUAGAUCUUCAUCUACUCCAAUGAAAUAUAAUAAAAUUGACGAUACUGGAGAUUCUUCUUCUCCAGGGAAUUUCAACAGGAGCGGAGAUAGUAAAAGUGGCAGUGGGUUGGAAAGUAAAGUUUCGCCAACUAAUAGUAUUGUCAAAGCGAUGAUUUCGUCAAAUAAAGGCAAGAUGGCAGCCAAAAAAAAGAACAGUGUAAUUGCCAAACGCAGAAAAGUAACAGUAAACGAUCUUACUCCUGCGGACAUUCAAGGGCAGUUGUAUCAAAGGCUACGCAACAAACACACCCAACAAGUUCAUUGGGAAAAACGGUGGUUUGUGCUUUUGAGCAACUGUUUGUACGGAUUUAAAAACAAGGAGGAUCCCAGAGCCAAGUGUUUGAUAUUUUUACAUGAUUUUACGGUGGCAGUUGCCAGUGAGGUCAAAUCCCGUUUGAAUGCCUUCAAAGUCUACCACACAGGCACGGUCUUCUAUUUUUCAGCAGAAGAUGCCGAUACUCUACAAGCUUGGCUGGAUCUAAUCCCCUCGGCUUGUCAACAAUACGAUCCUUCGACAAAAGUUUCUGAAGGCAGACAACUGUAUUCAGAAAGUGAAGAUGACGAUUCUGAUAAUACUGAAUCCAAGGCUCGGUCAAAUCCGCAGUCGGAUAAGAGUGAUUCUCUGAAGAAGUUUGGGUCGUUGAAGAAGUUUGGGAUGAAAAAAGAGGCUAGUACUCACUCAGGCAGUACUAGUUUGGAUAGGAAGUGGUUUUUUAAUAAGAGUGGCGGGAAUGCAUCGCCAAAGACUAGUGUACCAGUACCAACGGCUCAAUUUAGAUCUUAUAGAAAAAUCCGCAAUGAACCAAGCCACGCUAGCGUGCGCACUGGCAAUUUCACGUCUCACGUACCCAUUUUCAGUGGCAGCCCUUCAUCUAAUCUAAUUACCCAAUCACAAAACAGUAGCGUUCCUAAUCUGACUAUUUCUGAGCACCAAAUGUUGCUGCGAGCGCCUCCCAUUGUUAACGUACACACUAGCAACCCCAGCCUUGCAGCUGGGGACAAUAAUUCUAAUAGGGGAGUUAAAAACGACAACAGUUUAGCUGGUUUUGUUACCUUGGAGGAGUUAAUGAUUCGGCAAACGGAAGAGAGCAGAAAAAAUCCUCACAAUGAGUUUGAGCAGAGACAAUAUAAUUUGAAUAUGAUUAAACCGGAUGUUGUUUAUGGAGAAGUACCAAUAAGAGCUACUAAACAAGAAGAUGAUAUUUUUCCACCUCCACUGACUCGAUCUUCGUCACAAUCAGAAAAGCACGAGUCGAGCAGUUCAUCUUGUUUUGGCAAACGGCUGGGCUCCCUUAAGCGUAAUCAAAAGUUACUAAUGGACAGUAAUAGUGCUGAAGGGGAAAAAAUGGCCACUUAUCCCAAAUCAGUUAAGGGUAUGGAAUCUAAAUCUAAUAGGAGCUUGCCGAGGACUUUAAAGAUGCAGGAGAGCAGCAAAAGAGAAUGUGACGAAUAUACCCUCUCCAACCUGCAUUACUCCUCAGACAAAAAUCUUAUCUACGGCAGUACAAGCGGUUCCUAUCGGAAAAAAUCCUAUGAAAUGAUUUAUUGUCCAGAACGGACAGUGAAUGAUAUACAGUUUGCUCAAAAUCGUAUGUUGAUGGCUGAUUCUAAUGAAAAAAUUAAAAAGGGAAAAGUAAAAAGGCAAACUAGUUUUGGGUCAGCUGAAAAAAAGAGCUCCAAAUCUUUGCCAGGGUUUACUAGUAAAGUGGGAGAUUCUUCUAGAUCUAGAUUGAAAUCCGCUAUACAUUACACACCCAUAAGUCUCCCAGAUAGCACAAGAUCUACGCCCAAAUUCGCAUUUGAACUCAAUUUGGACGAAAAACAGCAUUCAAAAAGUAGCGGCGGAAAAUUGACGAAAAUCUUUGGAGGUGGCAGCGCCAGCAAGUCAGAGAAAAAAGAGAAAACGUUUUUGGGGUCUCCCAAAUUACAUCGGGCGAUUUUUAAGAAACAACAUUCCGGACCAGAGACGGGCAGUCCUGGAUGGAUUUCGCCUAAAUCAGAGUUUGUCCGUCUCUCGGCCAGCUCAACAUCACUAGACCAAUAUCAACAGGCUCCUAUCCAGCAACAAUUACCGAUAGCGAUGCGACCUCAUGUCGAUUAUCCGGGUCUGGAAUAUCCGCCAAUUUUUGAGCCGGAAACCUACUCGCUGGCCGAUCCACAAAACCUUUUGAGAAUUAAACAGAAGAAAGGGCCCAAUAAUGAGGGUAACAAACCAGACAGUUAAUCACACUUGGGAAUUUGAUUUUAAAUUCCCAAAUUUUGAUUAAUCUAAGUAGUUGGUACAAUUCCUUGUUAAAUUUUAAUAUUAAUAAUCAUGACGUAGUUUUAUUAUUCAACAUGAUAUUUUUUUAAAAAUGACAAUACUAAGUUUAUCAUUAUACCCCAAGACAGUUAUAAUUUUAUUGGGAACAAAAUAACAUAAAGCUACGACUAGUCUAAAUCGAUAGGAUUUAUGGUCCUGAUGAACAUACUAAAAGUCCCCAGACCUCCCCCUAGGGGAACAUUGUCAAAAUGGCGCCGCCAUCUUGAAUUUUUGAAAUUUUUUGCUUAAUUUACGUUUUACUCGAAAACUACUCAUUCUUCGAGAAAAUAUGAAGAGGAAUAAAUUGGAGAACACAAAAAAACCUUUAAAAAGAGUUAUUUCGGAACUUCCUGGGUACUAUCCUUACUGAGACAGGAGCCAAAGAAGUACCGCCGAAAUACCGCUUUCCACAUGCAAGCUAAUAUAACUUGAAUGUUAUUGCGUUUUGUAGGAAAUCUGAUAUAAAUCCAUUUUAAACGCUUCAGAAUAGCUUUUCUGUUACACUUUUUAUUUAUGAAACUUUUAUUGUUUUAUACAACAAAUUUGAUCAACGAAACAUAUUAUUACUAACAUGUAUUCUAUCUACAUACUACAUAUACAUAUAGAAACUUGUUUACUCUGUUAUGAUAGGUACAAACAUAUAACAAUAAUAUAGUUAUUUAAACAACAAGUUUUGAAAACAACUUUUUUCGCACAGUCAAGACAUUUUAAACGAGUUUUUUACAAUGCUUCUUCUACAACUGCAAAAAAAAGGCAACCAAAAUUGUAUUUUGAUGGAAAUAACUAAUAAUUUCACAUAAGGCGAUUUCGCCUCAGUUUGGUACCCCAAUUUGGUCUGUCAAACAGGUACCAAUCAAUUUCGGAUGGGAGAAUGAUGCUGUCACAACAACUUUGGUAGGCGUUUAGGUCUGUCAAAUGCUAUACGGCGGUGGACUGCGGUUUGUAACUGGGUAGUGGAGGUUUGGUAGCUUUUUGUCUCUUUCUGUCCCAUGUCUAAAUAAACAUAAACAAAGUCAAAAUGUACCAAACGCCCUACCCACUGAAUUCGGAGGUGCGAUUUUCGAAACCAUUCGAGUGCAUUUCGCAAUUGUAAAUUAAAUGGGGAAGCAUUUGAAAUCGUAUCAAAUUUCGUAUGCAAGAAUAUUCGAAGAUAAGACCCCAGAUUGUUGUCAUUGUUGAGCUGCGUCACUCAUACGUACCAGUUGGUUAACCAUUCGCCUACCAAACAGCAGAUGAAAAUCUGGGGCGAAAUCGCCUAUAAAAAAACGUAAACAAUUUGACAAAAAUUGACAACUCCACUUUGGUGUCUGUUUGUGUCAAGUCAAUAUAGAGAAUAUAAAGUCUGUUUUUUUUUAAAGAUAAUUCCCCAAGUCAAAAAUUUAGUAACUAUGUUGGCAACACCAGCCUUUUCUACAUAAAAAAUUUGCAGCAUUGACAAUUUUACAUGAUAUUGCCAACAUAAUGUCAUUUUGACUUUUAUCUUUAAAAAAAAAAAACAGAUUUUAUAUAGUGCGAAAAUAGAACAGCGUGCGUUUUUUUUUCGCACGCUGGCGCUGUGUGAAAAACUCAAUUUUCAGCGGUAGCCUAGCGUGCGAAAAACUUCAUUUUCAGAAGCAAACACACUUGAGGUUUUUUAAUAAAUGCCGUGAAAGGUGUUUUCACUAGCGUGCGGAUGAGCCCACUUUCCGCACGCAUUUCAGUUUUGAAAGUGUCAAUUUUCGCAUUACUAGGGAAAAUAUUUAAAAUUGUAUUUGAAAUUAGUAGAGGUACAUACAAGUAUCAAUUUUCAUCUAGUACAAAAAAUAUCAAUCCAUACUCGUGCGGAAAGUCUCUUUUCCUCACUUGAUUGCUUGGCAGAACUCCGCUUCGCAUCGUUCGGCCAACUGUAAUCGCAUGCGGAAAAGUGACACUUUCCGCACGCGAGUACUCAUAUCAGAAAUAUGUCACGUUCUUGAAAUUUCCUGUUAAUGCUUUUCUCUCAAAAAGAAAAAUAAAAAAAUCCGGCGGUACUCCAUCGGCUCCUAUCUUGGUAAGGGUACUACCGCGGAUGUUCUGUGGUACCUAUGUACCUCAGAUUUAACUCUCCUAUUUACGUCUCUUUAUAUUUCUUAAAAAGUAAGUGAUUUAUGAGUAAAAUGAAAAUUAGGCAAAAAACUAUUUAUUGACAGUACUUCUUUGGCUCCUAUUUCAGUAAGGGUAGUACCCAGUAACUACAAAAAUAACUUUUUACAAAAAUUUUUUUGUGUUUUUCAAUUUAUCUCUCUUCAUAUUUUCUCGAAAAAUUAGUAGUUUUCGAGUAAAACGUAAAUUAAGCAAAAAAUGCCAAAAAUCCAAGAUGGCGGCGCCCUUUUGAGAAGUUUCCCCUAGGGAGAGGUCUGGGGACUUUUACUAUAUUCAUCAGGACCAUAAAUCCUAUCGAUGGAGACUAGUCGCAGCUUUAUGUUAUUUUGUUCCCAAUUCACCAUGUAAGAAUUUUUAACUGUCUUGGAGUAUUAUUAUUUAAGUUUAUUUUUGGAAUGAAGACUGUACAAGCUACCUGGUUUGCUUUUUAUUUUAGAUGCAGUUUUUUCAUGAAUAGUUAGGAUUUGGUUUAUUUUAGUGGCUCACUUUUCCCGUCAAACCUGGAAUUGUCCAAUUUUUUAAUUCUAUUUGUUGUAACCAAACUUUAACUGUUGAUUAAGAAACAUGGCUUUUAUUUUUGAUGUAUAUUUCUUUAUUAUAGAUUUUAUUUGGCAAAGCAAGGUAGCUUGAUAAGAAUGAAUAUGUGAUAAGGACAUUCGAUAUUAUAUUAAAAAAUUAUUUUCUUUAAUGUAUUUAAUCUUUAUUAUUGAAAUAUGUAGUAAUUAUUCGCAUUAGCAUAAAUUUAAAAUUAUUAAUAAAUUUGUCCCAACACGUCAAAAACCGUCCUAUGACCGGUUUCAAAACUACUCUGUAUACGAAUUUUGGGUUCUACGCACAAAUUUUUAGCUUUGCGCAGAAUCGUGACGAUACAUUGUACGGUUUAUUGGUGUGUUGGAAUAAAGACCUUUGGAGAAUGGGUUUCUAAUUUGUGCAAUAAUUUUGAUAAUUUCAGCAAAAAUGUGAUACCCAUUUCAGAUCCUUUUGAUAUAAUGAUAUGCCAGUUGUUAUAUUCUGCUACAAAUUACAAAUGUUAAUACAACUUUCUACCCGGGCUUUUUAUAGGUACAUAGGUCUUUCCAGUAUUAUCUUAUUAGGGGCAAGAAGGUACUCUGAAUCCUUUUAUAUUAUAUGAGCUUAUAAUAUAUUUAUACUAGAUUUUAGGGCAUUUUUAUGUUAAAAGUUUAUGUGUGCCAAAAUACAUGAAUAUAUUAUUUUAAAGUUAUUUCAAAAAUGAUAAAAGUAUUUGUUUUGUGAAAUUUUUAAUGGCAAUGUUUCUCACUAAGCAAUUGCAACAGUUUUCGAAACCAUUGGUGCUAUUUUCAAUUCUUUGGACAAUUUAUUGAGUGUGUUAUGCUGGUGUUCCACGUACCGUAGACCACCUUCUUGAUGAACUUUUUCCAUAUGCAUUCUUUCCUUAUCACCUUGGAUUAAAACUGGUUUAUUGCAA